AUGGAUUUCUUCAGAGACAGGAACAUCCCAGCCACCUGGCUAGUCUUCACUUUUCUGCUCCUCCAAGGCCUGAGCGUGAUGCUUUUUUCCUACGUCUGCAACUCUGGGACCACCUCCUCCCCACUGCAGCCUCAACCUGCUCAGGUCCCCAGGGCCCCCAAUCUCACCGUCCUGCUGUGGACGUGGCCCUUUGGGGGCCGCUUCCCCAUCGAAAAAUGCUCGGAGCUCCUGGGCAUUCCCAACUGCCACAUCACAGCGAACCGCCUGUGGUACCCCGUCGCCGACGCUGUGAUCGUCCACCAUUUUGACGUGUGCAAGAGCCCUCGGUUCCUCCCCCGUCGCCCGAGGCCGCCCUCUCAGCUCUGGAUCUGGUUCAAUCUGGAGCCCCCCACCUAUACCCGCAACGUACACCUCAUGGACAACCGCUUCAACCUCACCAUGUCCUAUCGGAGAGAUUCCGACAUCUUCACCCCUUACGGGUGGCUGGAAGUCCUCCCGGAGCCCCGGAACGUCACGGUCCCGCUCAAGACCAAGUUGGUGGCAUGGGUUGUGAGCAAAUGGAAUCCGUCCUCUCUCCGAGUCCGGUACUACCAGGAGCUGAAGAAGUACAUCCACGUGGACGUCUACGGAUACCAGCACUCACCUCUUCCUCAGAAAAAGCAAAUCAAAGUUUUAUCCCAGUAUAAGUUCUACCUGGCCUUUGAAAACUCCGUGCACGAGGACUACAUCACCGAAAAACUCUGGAAGACGGCCCUGCUGGCGGAAACCGUGCCGGUGGUCUGCGGGCCGCCUCGCAAGAACUACGAGCUCUACUUGCCCCCCGGUUCGUUCAUCCACAUCGACGACUUCCCCACCGUGCAAGGGCUGGCCCUCUUCUUGCAGGAGCUGGAUCAGAACUCGGAGCGAUACAAGAGCUACUUCCAAUGGCGUUCGUGGUUGACCCCCGUCAAAACCACAACUUGGUCUCUCCAUUUGUGCAGAGCCUGCCGAGCCUUGCAGGGGAACUCUUUCCGCUACCAGACGGUGUCAGCUUUGAGCAAAUGGUUCAGGUGAGCAGGGAAGGACAGGCCUCUCUUUGACCGGGACUCUGUUC